GCUGGCGCCGGAAGUGGCGCGGAGCUUCUGUCGUGUGGUAACUGCGGCCGCAGUCCCCCGGCCCAGGACCUGCUCACGCGGGCUAUGGGCGAGGCGGGCGCGGGCAGCCUGGGGCCGGGGCAGCGGCGGCGGAGGAAGCUGGUGCUGCACGUGGACGUGAACAACACGGUGGUGGUGGCGGACGCCGUGACUGGGCAGGGCCCGCGCGCCGCCCUCAACGCCUUCCUCAGCGCUGCCGCCUGGGGCCGCCGCGCACCCGACGGUGCGUGGCAGUGGCUGAGCGAGGUGCCGUCGCUGCGGCCGCCCUGCCCCGGUGCCGUGAGCUACAGCUCGGCGCACGGGCGUGACCCGCACUUCGCUGACUCGCCGCAGGGCAGCCGGUUCCAGGGCGUGCUGCGGCAGCACCUGCGGCUGCUGGCGUGGCCGGGGGCGCCCCACGAGGGGCUGUCGGUGCGCGGCGAGGGCGGGCGGCGCUACCACCUGGUGCUGCCCGCCUUCCUGCGCCUGCUGGACACGCUGCACCGUGACGGCCGCCGCUUCGCAGUCGUCUUCCGCACCUUCGGCACCGACCUGCCCUGCGUGCUCCGCGCCCUGCGCUGUGCGCUGCAGGGGCAGCACCCCGGCUUCCCGGCCCUGCGGGGCCUGCCGCUCCCUGUGGACGCCAGUGUGGGGCGGAUCCGCUGCAGCGAGCAGGAGGUGGUGCUGUGCCGGGGCCACACACGGCUCUCGACUCAGGACAACGCGCGGGCGCUGUACAGCUUCUUCAGCGCCGCAGAGGGGCUCAGUGGCUUCCAGGACCACUUCGACUGGUGGGCGAGAAACCACUUCUCCUGCCAGGGUGGGAAGCCCCUGUGGAUUGACCCCCACGACCCUGACGUCCACCACAUCUGCAUCGAUGACAACAUCCGGCUGGAUGAUUCAGACACGAUUGUCUGCCCCCAGGUGUUUUCAGAGCCAGGGGGCAGCUGCCUCAGGCUGGCACCCACUUCAGAGCUGUAUGGUGUGUGCCUGGUGCAGACCGACCUGCUGGAGGCCAUCGCGGACGAGGACUACUUCCUCCGCUGUGUGAGACAGUGUGAGGAGAACUAUGAGCGCUACCUGGCCAGUGCUGGGAGCCAGCUGUAGAACAGCCAGUGAAGGCAC